UUGAGUCACUAGCAGAUAUGCAAAUUUAUACUCUUGCUGGGUUAUUUCUAUAGAAACAGCACUCUCUCUUGCCCACUCUCCACUGAAACAGCAUAGAUUGGGACAGACCCCUGAACAAACUAAACUGGGACCUGUUGGCAAUAAAAGAUUGUACAAUAUAUUUGUCAAAAAGAAGAUGCUGGAUGUUGGGAAAUGGCCAAUAUUUGCUCUCUGCUCACAUGAGGAGCUAAAAUUAAUUCGCCAGGCCUGUGUAUUCGGUAGCAGUGGCAAUGAAGUACUGUAUGCAACUGAAAACGAUGAGGUUUUCGCCCUUGGCACUAACUACAGCGGCUGUUUGGGAGUAGGAGAUAUGCAGAGCAGCAUUGAACCCCGACGGUUAGAUAUGUUAUGUGGCAAGAAAAUAGCUUGCCUGAGCAGUGGAAUUGGCCCUCACGUUGUCGCAGCUACUACUGCUGGAGAAGUAUAUACAUGGGGUCAUAACUCUUACAAUCAACUGGGAAACGGGACUACCAAUCAUAGCACGAUUCCUUGUCAAGUCUCCACCAAUUUGGUGAACAAAAAAGUGAUCGAAGUGGCCUGUGGCUCUCAUCAUUCUAUGGUUUUAACGUCAGAUGGCGAGGUCUACACGUGGGGCUAUAACAAUGCAGGGCAAGUUGGAUCUGGUUCAACAGCCAAUCAACCAAUUCCACGAAGAGUCACCAGCUGUUUACAAAAUAAGAUCGCGGUUAACAUUGCUUGUGGCCAGAUGUGCUCAAUGGCUGUGAUAGAAAAUGGCGAGAUCUAUGGCUGGGGCUAUAACGGGAAUGGUCAGCUUGGGCUUGGCAACAGUGACAGCCAACCCACCCCCUGCAGAAUAGCAGCUUUGCAAGGCAUUCGAGCGAAGCGGGUUGCCUGUGGCUUUGCACAUACACUAGUGCUGACAGACGAAGGACAGCUGUAUGCCUGGGGAGCCAAUUCCUAUGGCCAGUUGGGCACUGGUAAAAGAAGUAAUCAGUCUUACCCAGCACCGGUCACUGUGGCUAAGGACAGGCUCGUCGAGGUCGCUGCGUAUCACUCAGUCCACACUUCUGCUGCUAAAACGCAGGGUGGCCAAGUGUACAUGUGGGGUCAGUGCCGGGGCCAGUCCAUCACUCUUCCGCAUCUCACUCACUUCACCUGCACGGAUGACGUGUUUGCUUGUUUUGCUACUCCUGCGGUGACGUGGCGUCUCUUGUCUGUAGAACCUGAUGACCAUUUAACAGUAUCUCAGUCACUAAAGAAGGAAUUUGACAACCCAGAGACUGCAGAUUUGAGGUUUCAAGUGGAUGGGAAAUACAUUCACGUUCAUAAAGUCCUUCUCAAAAUUCGGUGUGAGCAUUUUCGUUCCAUACUAGACAACAAUAACGAUGAAAUUAUUGAAAUAAGCGAGUUCUCAUAUCCUGUUUACCGAGCAUUUCUGGAAUAUCUGUACACUGACAGCAUCAGUCUUCCUUCUGAGGAUGCCAUAGGUUUGUUAGAUUUGGCAAAUUAUUACAGAGAGAAUCGACUGAAAAAGCUUUGCCAGCAAACAAUCAAGCAGGGGAUCGGUGAGGAAAAUGCCAUCGCUCUUCUUUCAGCUGCGGUGAAGUAUGAUGCGAAGGACUUAGAGGAAUUUUGCUUCCGGUUUUGCAUAAAUCACCUGACUGUAGUGACUCAGACUACAGGCUUUGCAGAAAUGGACCAUGACCUUUUGAAGCGCUUCAUUAACGAAGCCGGCAGAGUGGGAGCGUUUAAAAACUGAAGGAGAUCUCUGCAGAAAAAUGAAAACAUUGUUUUCAGCAUGGAUGCGAAUGCCUCUAAACCUGAAGUGCCAAUUGCCGAGAUCCUGCCUGGAUGCAGAGCCCCCUCUCCUGUAAGCUGGUUAUGGAUGCAUUUUGGCUUCAUAGCUUCCGAUCAAACCCAUUGACUUUGUAGAUAUGGUGCUAUGCACCUGGAAUUAAGGGGGAAAAACACCAUACACUGAUCAUAUUUAUACACGCCAGCUUGAACAUGAACCAUUCCACCUAUUAAUAGGAACUAGGCUGUGAACUUUCUCCUUUUCUUGAAGUCUUGUUCUGAAGAGUGUUUGGAAAGAGCUCAUAGGCUGUCUUUCGAUAGCAUAUUGCUAAAGCUGUAUUAGCAGCAUGUACAGUUAAUGUAAAGGUGUCCUGAGUACCACCUGGCAAGUUAGAUGUUGUCAUGGGGGAAUCUUGUGUUAAUAGAAAUAGGUCCUGCUCAACCAUGCUUCUGCCUAAGCUUAUGCAUCAGUCAUUAUUCCCACAAACAGUUGCCCUGUAGAUACUCCUACGUUUAAAAAACAAACAUAAUACAUAAGUAAUUUAAAGGGAAACUGCUGCUAGACUCGAUUUGUAUUUUCCUCAACUUCCCCUUAAAUGGGAGCUUAAAUCAGCACUUUGGAGAAAAAGCUCAGCUUUUCAGAAGUAUCUGGAGGCUUGUAUCCUGCUAGAUCUCAUAGAUUUAAAACUCUUACCCUUCUUCAAUUAUAUGUACUAAAAAACGCAACAGCAACAAUUCCCCCUUGCAUUUCAGCUGUCCAAUUACUAUUAAUGUACUGAUCUGCCUUCUUAGUACGUGCCUAGCUCCCACAGAUCUUUCCGAGUGCACGACCACAAAUCUGCACGCGAGUACUUGAAAACUGAACUCCAAUUUUCAGUGUUAUGUGAGUGAACUCUACUCAUAUGUUGUACCACUGCAAGCUAUAGAAAAGUUCUGGAUCCAACUACAGGCGUGUGCAAAUCCCACACAUCAUUACAUGGCAGCACUAACACUAAUCAGCUUGGGUGGAGGAGCCCCCCCCCCCCACAUAUAGCUGGAAUGGAGCGAUUCUUUUUCUGUACAGAAUUUAAACUCCAAAAUUUCAAAUCUCAAUGACCUCUAGUAGUUUUAUACAGAAAUGGCUAUUAGCAUAUUAGAUGAAGUGGUACUUAAGGAAAGCUGGAAUGUGUACUUUAAAUGUUUUAUUGGAGAUUCUUUUAGUGAGGAUGAACUGUUACUGUCUUCAACUAUGCUGUAAACUGGAGUUUUUGUAAUGUAAGUAACUCUAGCUUUGACUGACAAAUGGUUGUUGACUUGGAACAAUUUUCCAUCCCAGUGUACUGAUAGCGGGUUGUAUCACAUUAAGGUUAAAUUCCAUGUACAUUCCAACAUUUGUAGAAAUUUGUUAACAUUGUAAUCAUUAAUAAAAUCCUACAAACAAUUAAUGUAGCUCUUGAUCUUUUUCUCUCUUACUGUAAUAAGUUCUAAACAUGUACAUUUGUAAUAUUCUAAUCCCCACCGAGCAAACUGCAGGACAAUAAAAGCCAUUUGGAAAGUCAGAUAGCAUGAAGCUCAGAAAACCUUUAUU